AUGGCGUUCAGGACUGAGUUUAUUGCCAAGCCAUGUGCCAUAAACCUUGGCAUUCAAGACAGUGGACCUCACAGAGCCCAGCCCAAUGCAAUUUUAGAGAAAGUGUUUACAUCCAUCACUAAGUCUCCAGAUGGAAAAAGGUUAGAAGGCUUGUCAAAGCAGCUAGACUGGGAUGUUCGAAAGAUCCAGCGCUGGUUUCGUCAUCGGAGGAACCAGGACAAACCCACCACCCUCACUAAAUUUUGUGAGAGCAUGUGGAGAUUUACAUUUUAUUUAAGUAUAUUUUUUUAUGGAAUCAGGUUUCUCUGGACGGCACCCUGGUUUUGGGACACACGACAGUGCUGGUACAACUACCCUUUUCAGCCUCUAACAUCCAGGCUUUAUUAUUACUAUAUCUUGGAGCUGGCCUUCUAUUGGUCUCUCAUGUUUUCUCAGUUUACAGACAUUAAACGGAAGGACUUCCUGAUCAUGUUCGUCCAUCAUUUGGCUACAAUUGGACUCAUUACAUUCUCUUAUAUGAAUAACAUGGUGCGGGUUGGAACUCUGGUGCUGUGCCUCCAUGAUGCAUCAGAUUUCCUUUUGGAGGCUGCAAAGCUAGCCAAUUAUGCCAAGUACCAACGUCUAUGUGAUGCUUUCUUCAUGCUCUUUGGUGUCGUAUUCAUUGUUACACGGUUGGGCAUUUAUCCUUUCUGGAUUUUGAAUACAACCCUAUUUGAGAGCUGGGAGUUGAUUGGUCCUUAUCCUUCAUGGUGGCUAUUCAACGGGCUUUUGGUAACCCUGCAGAUCUUGCAUAUCAUCUGGUCUUACCUCAUCAUUCGCACUGCUUACAAGGCCCUCGUGCGGGGAAAGGUAUCCAAAGAUGACCGCAGUGAUGUAGAGAGCAGCUCUGAAGAGGAGGAUGUGACUUCCAACAGCACAAAAGGAUUUUUCAGCACUUCAAGUAACGGCUCCAACCGCAUUAACGGCCACGUGGCUAGUGGCCAGUGGACAGAAGAGGACUAACUAAGGCUGUGGGUUGGCCUUGAGCAAACACGAACUUAUCUUUAAAUAUCUAGAUGUGUUGAGCUCCACAUUCCUAAGUGAUCUUUAAUCAAGAUACCCCUUCCCCAGAAACCUCCAGCAAAUCUGAAAUGGGCACAAUCCAAACCAGUCAGAGGCUUUGCACAACAGAAGGGAUAAAGCCAGUGACCAGGGCAAAAACAAAAGCUACAGAUUUCACUUUAAGCCAUUUUGUACUUAAAUCUUAGUCCCGUCAAUAUUUGCCAGAGGUAUCUUUGUUUGUGACAAACUGGUUUUUACUGGGAUCAACUCAAGGUGGAAUGAGUUUGG